ACAGCUGGUGCAGAUCACAAAUCCACUGGGCGACUGUAAAUAAACAGAGCUGAUAGUGGGCCUUUGAAAUCAUCGUAAAAUUUGUCAUAACUUUGAAAUGUCUUUUCCUUGAUUACUGUGAGCAAAUGGAACUGUGAUAAGAACAAUAAUGGAUCAUAUGAUGAUGUCAUUCGGCUGGGACACAAAACUCAACAAUUUCCUGUUCUAUGGUUGGAACAUCACCACUGCCUGGGUGCUGCUAGCAGCAUGCACGUUUGUUGGAGCCCUGGCAUUUGCAUUCGAAUGGAUACGACUGAUACAGGCCAGACACAGGCAGAAGGAGCUAGUAAUGAGGUCUAAACAAUUGAAAACCAUAUGUCCCAUGAUGGAGCAGAGCAGCCUUCUGCCCAAGAGACUUGACAGACCACUGGAUUUAUCACUUAAACAUAGAAUGACCUUAUACACUUGUGACAAAGCGCUAUGGUUAAGCCUUCAUAAUUUAGGCUAUUUGAUUAUGCUGAUUGUAAUGCUCUACAAUGGCUGGAUGUUUGUAUCUGUCCUCAUCGGAGGCGGUUUAGGAUACUUUAUUUUUGGUCCUAAUUUCAUGAAGCUCAACAUGGAGAACUGCGCCAUCAUUCGAGACACCUACUGCAUGGCAAAUUGCUCAACACCAGAUACGCCUCGGGACGGGGAAUCUACGCCAGCCAUGGAGGCCUCUACUUCUGGAACUUCUUGCCAUGUUCACACUGUUUCAGAAGUACAAGUUCAUAAUAACGAAUUGAGCGAUGAGACUAUUGAUCAACCAGACUAAUUAUCCCUUAUCAGCAGCUAGCUUUAACGAAAUCUAAUACUAAUCAAUAGAAUAUGUUGGAAAAUCUAAUUUUAUUGUUAAAUUUUUAAAGAGAUAUUAAUGUACACAUUGACUCUAAAGGGCUGUUAUUCCAAGGAAACGAAAAAUAUGUGCCUUGUAUAUGUAAAUACGUAGAUAAGAUAUGUUUGUCAUUGAAUAAAAUUAAUUUAGACAUGUUA